CUGUGAAUUGCGUCGAGUUUUGUUCUCCAGUUCAUGCGCGAUGCAUUUUAUCGAGUCUCUCCCCGAUUGAAUGAUGAAUAUUCCCCGAUUGUUCCUUUGACACCAAUUCUUCAACAUGUCGUUACUCCUCGGGGUCACGGCUGACCAGGUCGAUCCAGCUCUGUUUAACGAGUCGAUCACACCGAAAGCGAUCGGCUCGGUGACUAGCUUCUUCGCUGUGUCACUGGUUGUGUAUAUUGCCCGAAUCUAUGCUCGAUGGCACGCUUAUAAGAGUCUUUGGUGGGAUGAUUUUGCGAUGACGGUCGCCAUGUUAUUGUCGAUAGCGGGUUGGGGAAUCCUUAUACAGACAUAUGUGGUCAAUGAGGGGAAGCAUUACUACUUCUUGACCAUGGAACAACUGAAAGGGUCCCUAAAAUGGGGGUUCAUAACGAUGCCGCUUUGGGUUUGGACGGUAGCGAUGAUCAAAGUGUCGAUCCUUUUGAUGCUGGCCCGAGUCAAACAAAGCAAAGCGUGGACCCGAGGGAUGUGGGGAUUGAUCGUCUUCGUGGUUUCAGUGGCCAUUGCACUUACCGUCGUUCAAGUCAUUCAAUGUCUGCCGGUGAAAGCCAAUUGGGAGAUCAUGAUGCCGCGGACACUGUGCUGGGAUCCAAAAUUGGUGCUCAAGGUCAAUUAUGGAUUGACUUCGCUUUUCAUCUCGACAGAUUUCGCUUGCGCCUUGCUCCCUAUCGCCUUCGUUCGAAAGAUCCAUCGUCCGUUCCGAGAAAAGGUGGUUAUUUGCGUCCUCAUGGCCUUGGGGCUUUUGGCUAGCGCGUGUGGUCUUGUGAGGCUGACGUUGCUCAAAUCGAUCUUGACUUCCGGGGAUGCUAUCUAUGAUGGUGCCAACCUCAGUAUAUGGGCAUAUGCCGAGCUAUAUGUUGGAAUGGUUGCUGCCUGUAUACCGUGUUUGAAGGCAAUGAUGGAGAAGGCGUUCCAUGCUCUCGGUGGACACCUGACAAAUGCUGGUUCGAAAGAUAAUACAUAUACCCAGCAGUCCAGAGGCACCGACGUUUAUGACGGAAGGGACUAUAACUUGCGACCGAUGCAUAAUUCACAGGCACAGAAUGGGAAGUCAGCCGACAUGAGCGUCAGUGACGAUGAUAUUCCACUGGCACGUCGUUCCAAUUCAGGACAUCCAUCAUAUUCAGGGGAGUCAAUGCCGACCGAACCUCCGGGCAUUAGGAAAGCGGUAGAAUUUUCAUGGGCUGAGAGUCGUGUUUAAGGCUUAUUAUAUACGAUCAACGAAGACUC